CCAAAAACCGUAGAAGAAAAUGGAAAAGAGCAGGACGAGGUGAGAAAUCAAGGCAAUCUCGGAAUAUUUGCUGCACAAUGGGUCGUGGUGAGGAGCUCAGUGACUUUCAGCGGGGCACUGUGGUCGGAUGCCACAUGUGUGACAAGUCUGUCCGUGAGAUUUCCGCGCUGUUGAACCUGCCGCGGUCCACUGUGAGCACUGUGAUUUUGAAGUGGAAACGUGGAGGAAUAACGACGGCUUUGCCACGGAGCGGCCGACCGCACAAGCUCAAGGAGCAGGACCGUCAAGUGCUGGAGAAAAUAGCCCUGGAAAGUUGUUUGCCGUCGGUUGAAGCUCUCACCACCGAGCUUCAGACUGCCUCCGGGGCCAAAGUGAGCUCCAAAACCGUCCGCCGAGAGCUUCAUGAGAUGGGCUUCCGUGGCCGAGUAUCCACGUACAACAAAUCUGUUGGAGGGAAAGCGGGGAGGAAGCAGACAAAUGAAGAUGAAGCCAAGGUGGACGUUUCUCGUCUGGACCUGCGUGUUGGACGUAUAAUCUCAGCUGCACAGCUUCCAGACACUGACCACCUUUAUGAGCAGCAGGUUGAUGUUGGGGAGGCUUCUCCCAGGACAGUGGUCAGCGAGCUAGCUAAGCACAUACCUGUGGACCAGAUGCAGAACCGCAUGGCAGUCCUGCUUUGCAACAGGAAGCCAGCCAAGACGAGAGGAGUGGUGUCCCAGGCUGCGAUCAUGUGUGCCAGCUCACCAGACAAGGUGGAAAUCCUUGACCCUCCAAGCGGCGCAGUACCAGGGGACAGAGUCACUUUCCAGGGCUUCCCAGGUGAACCGGACAAAGAGCUGAGCCCCAAGAAGAAGGUGUGGGAGCAGAUUCAGCCAGACCUGCGCACAGACGGCCACUGUGUUGCAACUUACAAGGGAGCCGCCUUUGAAGUCAUCAGCAAAGGAGUUUGCAAAGCCCAAACCCUGAGCGACACUCAGAUCAAAUAAACUAACAGAGCUGCUUGAAGUGGCUCAGUGCAAGUCCCUGCAGCCAGACAGCAUCCAAAGUGGAGUGAAAGCCUCCUGAGAAGAAUGGAAGCAGCAUAUUAGUGUUUUUUGUGUGUGACUGUAUGUUCUUGGCAGCUUGACACUCAUUUCUACAUAAUACACAUUGCUAAAGUAAGUUAGAGUAUUCUGGUUGAUGAGAGUAGCAUUGUUGAAGUCAGUGUCAAGUGCUGUACCUAAGUACCACUUCUGUUUCGUGCAGCUUAUACUUAUACUCCACUACUCGUAUAUCUGGGAUGCAAAUAUUGUACAUAUUACUCAUCUGCAUUGUCUUUAUUGUCUGCAUUGACAGCUUUAUUUACUUGUUAAUUCACACUGACAAUUUUUCAUCCCAUUUCUACAAAUACAUGUGACUCCAAAUUUGAUGAUUUUGAAUUUGACUGUUUCUGAUAAAGUGAAGGAUUAAGUGUU